UUCGGUUUCAAGUCCAGGCACCGGUUUUUAAUGCCAUUUUAAUGCCUUUUUUGUUUGUUUGUUAUAUUUUUUUCUGUGCUCUCGUAUAUAAUUUUUAUUAUAUUUCUUUUUGUUCAAGUGCAGCAUUUGUUUCAAUCAAUAGAAGUGCUAUCGAUGAAUAAUUUAUAUAUACGAGUAUAUUGAAAUCAUAAGAAACAAGUGUGAAAAAGCGCAAACAAAAAAGAAUAAUUGCAAAUAUAGAACAGAAUCUGCUGGAAAAAUGCAACUCCACUGUCGACCACACUCUUGGAGGCGAAAAAAUUCAACGACAAUAACUACAACAAGGAGCUGGUCAUUUGCUCUGCUGUCAUGUGGCCUUAUUUUUGUAGCACUCCCCAAACCCUCGGCCUCUACAGAGGGUGAUACUUGUCGGAUUGAUAAGCUGAAUAUGAAUGGACGCUGUACAGCGUCGAACAUGUGCGAGUCUAUCAUUGACGAUUACUUCAGGGCCGGAAAACUGACGUCUAGAGAUGUGCCUAGCUGUGGUUUCUCCGCUCGCGAGGAGAUUGUCUGCUGUCCAACUGUCAAGUGUUGUCCCGAUGACAGGAGCGGCAUCAGUCAUGAACAAAUGACGACACCCAUAAGAAGUACUACGAGUAGAAUGUUUUCUACUCCAGUCGAAAGGGCAACUACCACCACAACAACAAGUACACCGAGAACCCCAAGCAUUAAAUUGAACAAGGAUGUGGAGUUUUUUGAUUUUACUAAAUUGAUUGGCAGAGCUCAGAAUCAAACCGAUAUCCUGUCAGUGCCCAGCAAUGGAAAUAACGAAAAUGCAAACACAAAUCCCAACAAUGAUAAUCGCAGACAAACACAUGAAGCCCUGAGAGGAGCUCGCUUGGAAGACCCCCAGACGAGGCCUGGCUUAGAACUGAAUAAUGUGGAGGCAACUGGCAGUCGACCAGAACCAUUUCAAAGCAUCGGACCCUUCGGUCAGACGUCACAGCAAUUUGCUGGGCCUGGUAAUGGCCACUCCAGAGGUCGAGGUUGGGAGCAACCACCGCCCAUGCGGCCUCAGCCGCCAGGUAGGUCACAACCGCAGAUACCGUCCUGGUGGCCCCAACAGCCGCAACCUCAGCCACUACAACGGCCUCUGCGGCCUGAACCGCCGCGCCAACCAGUCAUAUGGUCCCAGCCCGUUCAACAACAACAACAAGAACAGCAGCAACAGCAGCAACAACAGAACUCCAACAAUUGGUCGAAUCGACAAGAAGCGCCUGACCGAUGGCCCAGUCCUGUUCAAUCAGAAAACCUCAAUGAUAAUCCUAUUAGGCGUGUUAAUGAACAAUUGCGCCAGCAAGGCAUGAAUAUUGUGGAGGCCAAGCAGUGGACAGCGUUUGAUGUUGAAAGUACAACAACAACAAGCACAACAACAACAACAACAACAACUAUCAGACCACCCGUAUAUGAGUUUGAAGAUGUCUUCGCACCAUUUACAUUUAGGGAGCCCAUCGAUGAAAUCACAAACAAUGAGUUGGACAAUGGCCAAGAUUUUGGGAAAAGCGAUUCAAUUGUAUCAACGACAACGCCCAAGUCAGAAAGUCGAAAUCCUGAGAGACCAGCAGUGACAGCGUGCCAGAGGAUCGAGGCAAGGGAGGAGAUUGGACGCCAGAUUAGCAUGCACAUUCUGGAUGGUAUACCUGUGGAGGAGGGGAUCUAUCCGCACAUGGCGGCCAUUGGUUUCAGGAGCUUCGGCACCGAGCAGUUCCGAUGUGGUGGCUCACUGGUGGACAAGCGCUUCGUCCUGACUGCUGCACAUUGUGUCAACGAUGGUUCGCCUGAAUUUGUGCGUCUGGGUACAGUCGAUAUCGAAAAAAAGGCGCCUGGCUAUCAGGACAUAGCGGUUAAUGCAUCAAAGAUUGUCAUACAUCCGGAUUAUGUAAGUACCUCCAAAUACCACGAUAUAGCGAUACUGGAGCUGGAGUCCGACGCCAUCUACACACCAAAUGUCUAUCCAGCGUGUCUGGAAACAACUCUACAGGAUCCACCACCAACUGCCAAUGUCUUUGUAGCUGGCUGGGGGGUUAUGAAUACGACAACCAAGCUGCCGUCCAAGUUGCUGUUGCGUGCCCCACUGGACAUCGUGCCCAUCAAGAGCUGUAAUGAGUCGUAUGCGGCCCAGCCUCCUAGUCGGCGCCAUUUGGCAGAUGGAGUACAAUAUACCCAGCUUUGUGCGGCCGAUUUGACGAAGCAAAAGGCAGAUGCGUGUCAGGGCGACUCUGGGGGUCCACUGAUCUGGGAGAGGAAUGUACUGGAUGGCCUGUAUAGCAUUGUGGGCAUCAUAUCGGCAGGAUUUGGCUGCAACAGCAACACGCCUGGUCUGUACACACGAGUUGCUGCCUAUCUGGACUUUAUAGAGAGUGUUGUUUGGCCGGACGCUCGGCGCUUGUGAUCGAAAUAUGCUUUAUAUACAUAUUACAUAUGUACGAGUAUGUUUAUGUGCGUGUAAUCUUAUACUAGCUAAUAAAUCGUAAGGAAAUGUG